AUGUUGGUAGUUGAAAUUAAUCCCACUAGUUUUGAGUUUGAGAGGCCGUUGACUCAGAUGAGAACAGCUGUGGCUACGGUUCAUAAUGCAGCAAAGGAAGGAGAUAUAGUGUUUAAAGUUAGGACCACUUCACCAAAGGUCUAUAAUGUUAAGCCGAAUUCUGGGGUUGUUAAACCUGGUGAGACUGUUCAAGUUCAGAUUGUGCUUCUUGGGUUAUCUGAAGAGCCUGCGAUUGACGCAGUUUGCAAGGACAAGUUCUUGAUUCUAGCACUACCGUUGCCGUAUGCAUUAGAAGGCAGAACAGUAGCGGACGUGUGGACAGAGCUUGAGAAGGAGUUCAAAACCUUAAUGGUCUCCAAGAAGAUCAAAGUUGGGUAUUUGAAUGGAGGGGAUCAAGGGCUGGCCGAGACCACCACCACCACCACUCCUUUGGAAUCACAACCACAAGUACAAGAGAAGACAUCGAGUGGAAUCCAAACUGGAGCUACGGAAGCAGCCGGCUCAGAGAAGAAUGAACGUCCAGUAAGGUCUGCAUCGUCUCCGGUAGGUCUGGAGACUGGUGAAUUACAAGUCGAAGAUAUCGUCAAAGGAACCAGUACAAUGGAAAAUGUCUUGAUGAAUCCAAAGGUAAUUGGACUCUUGGCAAUACUAGUCAUUCUAUUAACCUGGUUGUACAUUUAA